AUGGCAAAAUCAUCACAUGCAUCUGAACUCAGGAUUGCAAUGUUUGGAAAAAGUCAGAAAGAACAGGCAACAGUAUGCAACUUCAUCACUGGAAAAAGAGAGCAAUUUGGACAUGUCCAAGGGGAGUGGAAGAAAAAAAUGUUCACAGUUCUGAAAACAGCAGAUGUCUUCAGUCUGCCUGUGGAAGGACAAAGACACAAGAUGAAGAUGUGUGUGGCUGAAUGCCGUCCUGGACCAAAUGUUCUGCUACUGUUAGUAAACCCUUCUGAUUUCACUGAGCAGGAUCGACGACAAUUUAAGUUUAUCAUGAACUUCUUUGGACAAAAUGCUUUUAAAUAUGCAAUGGUCAUCAUAACACAAAAUGAGAGGCUUGAGAAUUCCUCAGUUAAUCAACUCAUCCGAGACUGCGAACAAAGGCAGCAUGAUAUGAACUUUGAUGGAAAUGUUUUUCCUGACUAUGAUCGUCAAGAAUUGAUGAAGAAAAUAGAGAACGUAGUGGAUGAAAACAGGGGACAAUAUUUAACCUUCACUGAAGAGAACGAUCCCGUGGUGGCACUUGAAUCUGCAACAUUCCCUCUAAACAUGGUGUUGUGUGGGAGACAUGGGGACUUGAAGAAUUCAGCAGCCAAUGCUAUUCUGGGAGAAAAAAAGUUUGGUCCUCAUGCUGACUCAUCAGAGUGUGUUAAAAAACAGGGAAAGGUGUGUGGACAUUGGGUUUCCCUGGUGGAACUGCCAGCCUUGUAUGGUAAACCUCAGGAGGCAGUAAAGAAAGAAUCAUUGAAGAGCAUCUCCCUCUGCGAUCCUGAGGGCGUCCAUUUCUUUGUCCUGGUCCUGCCUUUAGAACCCCCAAGUGAGGAAGACAAGAAAGAGUCAGAGACCAUCCGAAAAACGUUCAGCUAUAAAACGAAGGAUCUUACCAUGAUUCUUUUUAUUACAGAUGCAAAUUGUAAUGGUCUAGUGGUUGAAAGGUUUCUACAGGAAAACAAAGACGUCCAAGAACUCUUUCAGAGCUUUAGUAGACAAUAUGUUGUCUGCAACAUCAAGGACAAGCAGCAGGUCUCUGAUGUAUUACAUACUUUGGUAAAGAUGAGAGUUGUGCGAUCCACAGGCCUCACUAAAGAAAUGCUUCCCAAGCUUACAAGAAAUGCAUCAAAUGCGGAUAAGUAUCCCAGGAUACUGCAGAGGAUGGCGCGGAGUACAGAAUGCCUCAGGAUGGUGCUGAUUGGGAAAACUGGUUGUGGAAAAAGUGCAACUGGAAACAACAUUUUGGGAAACAAAUGCUUUAGAUCUAAAGUUUCUUCACACUCAGUAACCAAGUGUUGCCAAAAAGCAACAGGAGACAUUGAUGGACGGCCUGUCACUGUGGUCGACACCCCCGGCUUAUUCGACACGUCUCUGUCCAAUGAUGAAGUCAAACAGGAGCUUGUGAAAUGCAUCAGCAUGUUGUCUCCUGGACCUCAUGUGUUCUUAUUGGUGAUGCCAAUUGGCCGCUUUACACAAGAGGAAAGGGAUACUGUGAAACUGAUCAAAGAGUUUUUUGAAAAUAAGUCAGAAGACUACAUCAUUGUUGUAUUCACCAGAGGAGAUGAGCUUAAAGACCAAAGAAUUGAGAGUUACAUAGACGAAGACGACGACGAGAACUCCAUACAAAAACUGAUAGCUGAAUGUGGAGGAAGAUACCAGGUCUUCAAUAACAACGAUCAGAACAAUCGGUCUCAAGUCAGACAGCUGCUGACCAAAGUUGAUUUAAUGAUAAGGGAAAAUGGCGGCGGCUACUACACCUCCGAUUUGUUCCAAGGAGCUGAAGCAGCAAUACAAAAGGAAGUGACGAGGAUCAUGAAAGAAAAGGAACCAGAGAUACAGAGGGAGCAGAGAGACUUCGAAAGAAAACAUUUAAAAGAAAUACGAGAGAAGGAAAGGAAACUGUCAGAGCCAACAUCUAAACCUGAUCAAGCAACAGAAGAGAGACCCAGAGAAAAUAUGGAACACGUCGAGAAGCUGGUGCAGCAGGAGACAAGGAGAGAAAGAGAACAGAGAGAAGAGGAAGAAAGGAACAAGAAAAUGCAGGACAAAGUCCCCGUUGCUGACUUGUUAUUAAUACAGGCUAGAAAAGACAUGAGAGAAGAACGAGUGGCUUGGGAGCAGGAAAGUAGCGAAUGGUGGGACAAACAAAAUCAAGAAGAUGAACGGAGGCAAAAGGAGAAAGAAAGACUUAAAAAGCUCAGACAAGAACAUGAGGAGGAAAACAUAAGAAUCGAAAACGAAAGAAAAGAAGAUGAUAGAAUCAGAAGACAACAUGAGGAGAGGGAAUGUAAAGAGUUACAAGAACUCUAUAAGAAAAGAAAGGAGGAAAUAUGGAAGAAAAAUGAAGAGGAGGCCAGAAAGCAAGCUGAAGAAAGCAAUGAUUUCAGAAACAUGUAUACCAAGGACGUUUCAGAGGUGAUGGACAAGCAUGAAAAGAAAAUGGAGGUUCUGAAACGGAUGAAACAAAACCAAAAUGACAGCAUGAUAAAACGACUGAGCAAAAACAAAGUAUACCAGAGAGACAUUAAGAAAUUGAAGAAAAAACAAGAACAAGAAAUGAAUGACUUGAAGUUGAAAAAUUAUGAACGCAACAGAGAACAUCUGAGCAAAGACAUCAACGAUCUCACGAAAAUCCAUGAGAUGGAAAUAAAUGACUGGAUACAGGAACAUGUGGAGAAAGCCACUGAAGACAAGGCUUGUAGCAUCUUAUGA